ACAAGAAGAAGUUCAACCAAUCUUUACUUUCUCUCUUUCUCUCUUCCCUCACCUCACGUCUCUCUUCCCCCUCCCAAAACCGUCGUACGUUACCCAUUGGGGUAACAUUGGUGCUUCCAUUCGAACUCAACCACGUUCCAACGAAGAUGAGUUCCGAUUCCGGCAAGAAUUCUGAGACUCCCUUGCCGCUCACUACUAUCAUGCAAGCUAUCCAGAAUCUCGGUUUGGAGCUCAACAAUACCAACAAACGGCUGGAUGCCUUGGCUGGUAAGGUUGGUGGUGAUGUUACCGGGACGGGCGGUCCUAAACACGUUCCUUUCGACGGCCGUUGGCAGCCCCCUCCUUCACGCACAGCUGGACGGAGUGAUUCUAACGAUCGCCAGCCCCGCUUGCGCAUCGACCCUCCACGGUUUAACGGCGAGGAUCCGGUGGGUUGGAUAUUCCGGAUACAACAAUAUUUCGAUUAUUUUACGACGUCCGAAACCGAACGUCUACAGUUAGUGGGUAUGUUUAUUGAUCACUCGGCUUCAGAAUGGUUCCGUUACUAUAUGACAAAUUCUAGUGGUGGUUCUUGGGUGGAAUUUUUACAAGCGGUUAAACAACGAUUCGAUCCGGACCAUUAUGCCCAUUAUCGUGAAGUGAAUCUACGUAACCCGGGGACGUUGGCCGAAACUUUUGCAUUAGCGCGUGAACUGGCUACAUGCACGUCGCCGGUGGGGCAAGUCAGACGGUCAUGGCAGUCCAGCGCAGUGGGCAGUUUCCCUCCGCCACAGGUUUCUUCCCCCGAAAACAGCAGCGCCAAACCAUCGACGUCCCUGCCCAUUAUUCGUCUUACACCUUUUGAACGCGCCGAGCGUACUCGCAAAGGGUUCUGUUGGAAUUGCGAAGAGAAGUAUGUCCCGGGUCACCGCUGUGCACACAAGUUUCUGGCGCUCUUGGGCACCGAUGAUGAGGAGCCAACUGAUCCUUCUACGCCCGCUGUGCUAGAGGACAAUUCCCUUAUUACGGGGGACGUCUCGAGUAUCCACACUAUGUCCGGGGUUCCUAAUCCCCGUUCGAUACGACUUGUAGGGUCUAUUAAGGGAUCUUCGGUUCAGGUAUUGAUUGAUGGUGGUAGCACUCAUAAUUUCAUUCACCCGACCCACGCGGAACGCCUGUGCUUAAUUUUGCAUCUGGUAACGUCGUUUCGGGUAUAUGUAGGGAACGGCGAUUCUCUACGUUGUUCCUACUAUUGUCCCAAGAGUCCGUUGAUUUUGCAAGGACAUGAGUUUGACGUUGAUUUGUAUUUGCUUCCGGUUCAUGGUCCCGAUGUAGUGCUUGGCGUCCAAUGGUUACAAGCGUUGGGUAAAGUUUCUCACGAUUACUUCACGAUGACCAUGGAAUUCCAACGCAACGACACUUUGGUGGUUUUAAAGGGGGAUGUUCCGGCGCCUAAGUCGAUGUCCUUUUCGGCUUUCCAGUCCCUCACUACCUCUGAGCCGGAGUUUGAUUUGUACGAGUUCUUUGCCCUGCAGGAGACGGAGUCAGACCCCCAUUGUCCGAAGACAACCUGCCGGCAGUUCCCCCACUGAUCCGCCAAGUCCUGCUCCAAUAUGUAGAAGUGUUUCGGCUUCCCUCGGGUCUCCCGCCGUCACGCAUGUGGGAUCACCGU